AUGUCUUCUGCAGAGAACCUCAAGACGUAUCGUGGAAAUUGCCACUGUGGAGCGUUCAUCUAUGAAGCCACGUUGCCCGAGAUCACCUCGUACAGCGAAUGCAAUUGCAGCAUCUGCCGCAAGAAGGGCUACGCGUGGCUGUUCGCGAGUGAGGGCCAGCUGGAUAUCGUCAAGGGUAGCAUUGACGAACUGGCAUCUUAUACCUUCAACAAUGGUAUUUUUGUCCACCGUUUUUGUCCCACGUGCGGCACUGGCGUCCUGGCUCAGAAUAUCAACAACCCCUCCGCCGUGACAACGGCCAUCAAUGCUCGUGCAAUUCAGGGUCUCGACGUGUGGUCGCUUGACAUCAAGCCGUUUGACGGCAAGGAAUUGCCCCCUGCCUACAAGCCCGCGUCAUAUCAAGGCCCCGAGCCGGCUGUCAAAUUCGACGGCGGAAAGACAUUGAAAGUCGACAAGCCCUUGGAGGCCAGAGAUAUUACCGUGGAUGAAGAGAGAAUCGUCGAGUGCAAUUGCAGCAUCUGCAGCAGGGGCGCGUACAUCUGGAUCUAUCCGCUCGUAGAGGAGACAGUCAUCGAGGGCAGAGAACACCUCGACUAUCGCGCAUUCAACAAGACUGUCGUCCGCAAGGCCUUCUGCCGGCACUGCGGAGUGCACAUUUGCAACGAGCUGAAUGAACUUACAGAUGCGGAAAUAGAAGCAUUGAACGAUGCCGCAAAGGCUUGGCGCGACAGGUCCAAGAGCAUACGGCCCAUCACGCUGAGGGUCUUGGAUGACUUCGACUUCAAGACACUGAAAACCAAUAGACUUGAUGGAUGGGAUAUCAUAAAGCCUUUGUACGUUAACCCGUGA